UACCUAGAUUUGUUUGAUCCAGUCAUGAAAGAGCAUCUACAUAAAAUAACUGAUCAUGAAACACAGGUUCAUGACUUAGGAAAAAAUAUGCAGAAUGAACUGAUUCAAAUCCUAGCAAAUGUCAUUAAAAAGAAAAUUGUAGAAACUGCCCAUUCUGCAAAAUACUUUUCAAUAAUAUUGGACUGUACAGCAGAUGUGAGUCAUGUUGAACAAAUGACGAUGAUAAUUUGUUUUGUGGAUACGGAAAAGUCUGCAGAUGAAGAUAAUGUUGAAGUGCUCAUAAAGGAACAUUUUUUGGGUUUUGUACCACUGAAGGAGAUGACUGGAGCAUUUAUGACUGAAACUAUUCUACAAGAGCUUGAAACAAUGUCAUCAUCUGUUGAAAACUUACGUGGCCAAGGCUAUGAUGAUGGUAGUAAUAUCAAGGGAAACAUUUAUGAUGACUUAAUUGAAAUUUCUGAUCAUACUACCUUUACUGGAUCAUCUGGCAAUACGGCACGUUCAGAUGCAGAAGCUCUUGCAAAUGGCCUUUCCAAGUUCAAAUUUGUGACUUCACUCCUUUUGUGGUAUAAUAUCCUUUUCGAGAUUAACCUCACUAGUAAGCAGCUUCAGGAUAAGAACUUGAACAUACAUUCUGCUAUUCAAAAACUGCAGCAAACUAAAAACAUUCUGGAGGAAUUCAGAAGUGAUGAAGGGUUCGAAAGAACAUUGGUAGAUGGUCUCGAGCUUGCUGAAGAAAUAGACUUUCCGACAGAAUCUGAACCAGAGCCAGUUCGCAUUUGGCAAAAGAAACAGCAGUUUUCAUAUGAAGGAUGAAAUACGCCCAUUCAGAACCUCAAACAAAGGUUCAAAGUGAAUUUCUACUUUGCAGUCCUUGAUACCGCUCUUCACUCGGUUGACGAAAGAUUUCAUCAGAUGCAGCAGCUAGAGUCAGUAUUUGUCUUUCUAUAUGAUAUCCACAGCUUGCAAAAGAAAACAGCAAAACAGAUAAGAGAAUUUUGUAUAAAGCUGGAGUUGGCAUUGACUCAUGAACAUUCAAAAGACAUAGAUGCUACAGAUUUGUGUAGUGAGCUAAACAUUGGUUGGACAGAUGGACAAAUCGAAUAA